AUGUCUUUCCGGCAUCCAUGUCACCUUCCUGAACACCGAGCACAUCCACCGCCCUCUCCUCCUCCAUACCCACGUCGUAUCACGAUUCACCGCUACCCAAACUUCCGAUUUGAGACAAUCCCUGAUGGAGUUGAACAUGAAAAUCCUGUCUCCGCUGACCGGUUCAUGGAGGUGAUGGAAGGUAUAGAUACUGUGAGUAGACCCCUUUUCCGGGAGAUGAUGAUUUCCGGUAGCCUGAGUUCGAGAUCGGUGCGGCCGGUGACGGUGAUGAUACUUGAUGCUUUCUUCAGUUUUGGUUUGGAUGUAGCUAUCGAGACGUCGAUUCCUGUGGUUUUCUUCGAGACGGUAAGUCCAUGCUUCUUGUGGACUUGUUGCUUGAAUCUUCCUACACUUAUUGAAGCUGGGGAAGUUCCCUUCCAAGGUGUGUAUUCUCUUAAUUACUCGGUUGCGUCAUAA